CGGAGCUUGGAGGAAGGUUCCAGUGGCUGGUCGUAUUGGUGCGGGGUGGACUCGCAGGACCUGGCCGAGGGUGGUGAGGAAUGAUGGUGCGGGGCGGGUGACGUGACACGGAGCCUCCUCUCUUCUCGCGACGUCACACGCGGCCGGCGUCUCGCGGUAUCUUAACAGCGCCGGGCUUCUGACUCUCCGGCGGCAGUGCCACGUCUGUUUCAGUGUUUGUCUGGAUCGUGGUGCAUUGACAGAGAGGGCCAUGUCUGUGUCCCGGAGGUGGCAGCGUCCCAGCGUCCUCCUUGCUUGCCUCUUGUGUGGGCUGGUCCUGCAUCUGGCGGAGGGUCACGGCCAUUCCCAUUCCCAUGGCCACUCCCACAGCCAUCACGGCCACUCUCACGGAGAAGAGCAUCACGGCCACUCCCACAGCCACCACGGCCACUCUCAUGACCACCAUGGCCACUCUCAUGACCACCAUGGCCACUCUCACGGAGACAAGCUCACUGGCCACUCCUACCCCGAUGAUCAUCCCACCCAUUCCCAGGGGAAGAACCGCUGGAAGGUGGAUGCAGAGCAGGAGAAGCUGAAAUCUGGGAAGGAGGAGAGCAAACCCGUGGAGCUGUGGACACAGGCCAUUGGAGCCACCCUGCUGAUCAGCGGCGUCCCCUUCCUCAUCCUCUUCUUCAUCCCUGUCGAGUCCAAUGCCUCCAAGCACAAGAACCUGCUCAAGGUGCUGCUGAGCUUCGCCUCGGGAGGCCUGCUGGGGGAUGCCUUCCUCCACCUCAUCCCUCACGCACUGGAACCUCAUUCCCAUCAGUCGACCCCUGACCACUCCCAUACUGGGGCAGAAGAGUUGGAUAGUAGUCACGGCCACUCCCAUGGAGGUCACGACCAUUCGCAUGUGAUGUCUGUGGGUCUCUGGGUCCUAACCGGAAUAGUUGCCUUCCUGGUGGUGGAGAAGUUUGUGAGGCACAUGAAAGGCGGACACAGUCACAGUCACAGUCAUGCCCCUGCCAAGAGAAAGGAGAGCUCGGAGGAGGAGGAGGAGCGGGUUGAGGACCACAAGCAAGGGGAGCCGAAAGGUGGUGUUCGGCAAAGGAAGCCCGAGAAACCAGCUGCCAAGGCUGAACCCAAGGCUCCGAGCAGCGACAUCAAGGUGUCGGGCUACCUGAACUUGGCGGCAGACUUUACGCACAACUUCACGGACGGACUGGCCAUUGGUGCCUCCUUCCUGGCCGGUCCUGGGGUGGGAGUGGUCACCACCAUCACUAUCCUGCUGCACGAGGUGCCCCACGAGGUGGGCGAUUUCGCCAUCCUGGUGCAGUCUGGCUGCAGCAAGCACAAGGCUAUGGCUCUGCAGUUGGUGACUGCUUUGGGUGCACUGGCAGGUACAGCCUGCUCGCUGCUGGCUGAGGGCAUUGGUGAAGCCGCCACCCUCUGGAUCCUGCCCUUCACCGCCGGCGGCUUCAUCUACAUCGCCACCGUCUCCGUCAUCCCGGAGCUUCUGGAGGACUCCCGGCCGGCCCAGUCGCUGCUGGAGGUUGCGGCCUUGCUGGUCGGCGUCUUCAUGAUGGUGCUCAUCGCUGAGUACGAGUAGGGCCUCUCCUCCUCCUCUCCUUCCCUGGUCUGUGUAUGAGGGUGGUGGUGGUGGGGUUGUAGUCAUUGGACAGGGAGUGAGUGUUGGGCAAGAGGAGGUAUAAUCUACAGCGACCAUCCAGGCCAGAGGGCUACAGAACCUCAAAGCCCAUCUGUCCCGAGGAUUUUUUUAACGCUCAGGCAUUGAAUGUACUUAAGAGUUUUUUUUUAUACGAAGUAUGUGUAUUAAUGUGUAAGUGUUGGAGUGGGAUUGGUGGUGAGGAACCAUGCUUUGUUGCAAUUCAGAUCUUUCCAAAUCCAUUGUGUGUGUGCGUGCGCAUACAUACAACUUUUUAUGCUUUUCAUAUAUAGUAUGUACACAGAUAACUGUCUGUGUGUGUGUGUUUUUAUAUUCGUGCAUUUCAAUGACGGUGUGUAUAUCUGCAUCUGCAGGUUCACAUCUGUUUCAGUGUGGCACACGUGUGACUGAGUGCCUGCAUACCAGUUCGUUUGUAGAUUGCGCGUGCCUCUUUUUGCUUCUGUGUGUCUGCGUAUGCACGUGUGUACACCUGGGUGAGUUAAUAACCUGAACACUAGGACCUUUCUCAGCCAAUGGUGUUUCACUGCCUCUUGGUAACAAUUCUGGUUUUACGAUGACUUGUGGCUGACUCUGUAGUGGACCAAGUUCUCCAGCCUUUUGUUUGUACUGUGGUUGAUUACUUGUCUUACAUUGCUGAUUUUCUUUUUGGGCAAGAGCUUGGGCUCCAGCGUUGGGCCAGCUUAGGUUCUGGUUGGGGCAGGGGGUUGCUCGUGGAAGAACUCGCCCCUGUCCAUUCUGUUGGUGGAGCUGGUCUGACAGUGUGUGUGGUUCAGUUAUGUUAGUAUAGGACUUGUUCCUUUGCUCAGAAGAAAGGUGGCUGCGUUCUCUACCCCUUGGCCAGCACUGUGAUUGCAAGCAAACCCUAUCCCCAACCCAUCCCAAAAUCUUCCAUCUGCUGAAGUAAGAUGCAGAUGGGGCUUUGCAAACCCAAUGCCGUUUAUUUCUCUGGUUAAUUUUGUGUGUUAUUUCUGCAGUACUGACACCAGGGUGGCACCUGGUGGCGACCAAGCGAACUGCAAGAAGGGAACUUGGCUUCCGACCCAAGCCCACUGCCAACCAAACCCUUCAACACCCAAUCCUCUCGUGCCUGGCCAAAUGGAUUGUGUCACCAGAGCAGGGAAGAUUGCAUGUGGUGCUUUAUGUACAUGGUGUUUCAUUUCAGAGGUUCCAGGUUUCCUUGAUGUUGAAGGCUCCUUCUGAAUCGCGUGAACUGAUGGUUCUGGGGAGGAUUAGAUCGGAAGGAGCUUUCAUCUUGAGGAACUGGUUCCUCUGAGCCUGGUGUCAGCACGGGCAUCUCAUCAUGAAUGGGAGGGUUUGCCACUCACCCCGAUGCUCGGAGAGAUCUACCCACAAGGGGUACAGCCAUAGGUCAUCCCCUUAGAUCAGACCUGAAGAGGGCUCCUGACUAUGACCUUCCCUUGCCCUCUGUACAGUUAUGUGGGAAAUGUAUGGGUCAGGAUAGGAGUGAGGGCUAUUGGGAGGCUGGAGAUAGUAGGCAAUUCCUCAGGCUGAUGGGAAUCUUGUUGAUCAAGGUAGAUGAAAAUAUGACAUUGUGGGUAUUUGUGAGAUUAUAAUAGAUGUAGAGGAAGGGUGGUGGGUUUCACAAAUCAAGGUAGAUGGGUGUUAAGGAGAAUUUGGUGAGAUGUGAUUAGGGUGGGUAUUUGGUGUGUUGGACUGGUGAGAUCAGCUUGAGCUGCUGUUUCACCAGCAGGUUAAUAACGAAGCUGUCUUCCAGGCUCAAUCAAUGGAUGUGAUUUCUGAUGGAAACUCAUGCCUGAAGUUUGAAGGAGGCAAGGGGUGGGAUAGAGGGAAAGCAGUGGGGGGGGGGGGGGGAUGCAUUUAGUCACAAGUAUGGGCGGUAGAAAACUGAAAAGCACAUGGAGAUUUGACCCCAAUCUGCCCUGUAAAACUGGGCUGUGCUGCCCCAAAAGGUUAAACUCCUCACUGCUGGCAUUAUUAUUGAUAUCUAUUUAAUUCAAAUUUGCAGUCCUUUGAUCUGUAAUUGGGGAGUACUGGUCUUAUUGCCCUACAGCAGGGAGCUGUAUUAGAAUCAUGUAUACAAUUGGCUGGGUUACCUAUAGUCAUUUUUGCCAUCUCUGAUGUGUAAUUGUUCUGAUAAUGAUAUCUGUACCAAAUAACCUCAAUCCUUGCAUUCAAUAAAUGAGUAUGAAACACA